AGUAAUAACAACCAGUCAACCAGAUCACACGCAGGGACAAGAUCUAUCUUUCUCUUCCUCCUCAUUUCCUCUCUCGUGUCUCUAUUGUGAGUUCGAGAAAUAUAAUAAGAAGUUCCAAAGAUUUUCUGAUAAAGUCCAAAUGUCGACUGAGAUGGAUAGAAUUGAAUCUUACGUGUUAAAUGUCUCCGGUGAUCAUCUGUAUCAAUCUUCUUCUGAGUCUUUCUCUUCACCUUCUUCUUCUAUUGGGAAGAACAGCGACGACGAUGACGGGGAAGAUGGUGUCGGAGAGAAUGAAGCUGAGUCUCCGUACAAAUGUCCUCUUGAUUUGAUGGAAUCUCUCGAAGAAGCCUUGCCCGUUAGGAAAGGGAUAUCGAAUUAUUACAAUGGAAAGUCAAAGUCUUUCACGAAUUUAGCUGCGGGUGCUGCGUCGGCGUUGGCUUGUUCAUCUUCGAUGAAAGACUUGGCGAAGCCGGAGAAUCCUUACAGUCGUCGUCGGAGGAACCUCCUUUGCCAUCAGAUUUCAGACAGCAAGACGACUCCACGUGGAAAGAUCUUGAAGAAACACAUCAUGAGCUCGAGCAGGAGCGCGUUGGCGCUUGCCAUGGCGGUUGCUGCCGGGGUGAUUGCGGAAGAAGGAUCUUCCUCGGGCGGAGACUCGUCGACGGGAACAAGUCCGACGAUCACUGGAUCCCCUCCGAGGAAGAUGAUGCUUCCCCCGCUGCAUCCUAGGAGUCAAAUGUCUUUUGGUAAUUUGGAGUCUUCUCAGUCGUCAACGGGUUUUUGUGCGUGGAGAUCGUAUUCGGUGGCUGAUAUUCCGAGGUGUGUUCCGACGACGGCGAAUGGUAUUGGGUCCACUGAGUCGUAGGAACGAUAACAUUUUUAUAUUUUUGUUGUUAAUCCUUUUAGUAUUUUUUGGGUGUAACAUCUGGAGAAUGUGUAGACGAGUUUCAAAAGUUUCAAGAGCAAGUUCAGAGA